AUGGAUCUCUUCCAUUAUCCUCAGAGAUCGAACGUAGAACCUUUAAACGCCAUAGGCCAAGUAAUCGAGUCCCUUUCCGUACCCACAACUGAUGCAAAACCAGUAAGAAUUUCAGUUUUGAUUUUGUUGUAUAAUUUUACGCAGUUUAUUGAUAAUUUUAAGCCAAGCGACUGUGUUUGUGGUUCUUGUGGUCUCAGAAUUUUCGACCAAUUCAUGUUAAAAGUAAGCACUGGUCCUGAUCUCAUCCUUGAUACUUACCUUUGUCCAGGUCCAAUCGCUUGUCUUUCACGAAUCUUGUGCCCGAUGUUUCAAAUGUGGAAUGCAGCUGGAUGAAACAUGUUACGAACGAAAUGGAUUACUUUACUGUAGAUUGCAUUACGCAAAGUAAAAAGCAAUAUUAAAUUGUGAUUAUCAACUUUCAGAAGUUAUUGUGCUGGAUGUCAGAUGCCAAUAGAAUCUUCAGACAUGGUCUACAAACUGAAGGUAAGAGAUGUAACGACUGUUCUAUGUAUUUAUUCAGAGCGAGAUGGUGUUUCAUGUGCAAUGCCAUCUUUGUGUUCAAUGCGGAAAGUCUUUGUCCCCAGGCGACCAGAUCAUGGUCGAUGAUGAAUCAAGAACAGUGUCCUGUGCCCAUCAUUACAAUGGUCCAAGUAAGUGUUCAGACAUGUUACAGACUCUUUCAGAAGACGACCCAGACUCCAAGGGCAUGGCGAUGAAUCUCCCGGCCAUUCCACAAUAUCCCUUCGAGAUGUACACCUUCGGAGAAAUGUACUCUGAAGACGGGAAGUACAUGAAACGGAGAGGACCCAGGACCACCAUCAAGCAGAGUCAGGUAAUUAAUAUCCGAUGAUUAUGGGAUGCGCGAAAGUGAGAUGCGAUUAGCCAUCUGGUAAUCGCGUGUUUUCUCUCCUCUCGGGGAAUAAGGGAUGACUUCGAAACGAGAUCGUUUCAGUUGGAUGUCCUCAAUCGAAUAUUCUCCACAUCUCCCAAGCCCUCCAAACAUGUCAGAGCGAAGUUGGCACAUGAGACAGGACUCAGUAUGAGGGUGAUCCAGGUAGGAAUUAUAUUAUCCAUAUCCCAAUCUUUAUAUUAGGUAUGGUUUCAAAACAGACGGUCAAAAGAGAGAAGACUCAAGCAUUUGUGCAACUUCCUAAGGCAUUAUGAAGAGAAAGGGAUCUGCCCUCCGUCCAUCAGCUUCUCUGGCAAGUCUACUUUUCCAUUACUUAAAAAUACUGUAAUCCAUCUGUAAAAGUGUUUUCUCUUUUACCAAUCAAUUUUCUACCCAAUUGAUUGCAACGGCCACCUACCUUUUUAAUGGCUCCAUUUCAGAAGACCACACACUAAAGUCCCCAUAUUCUCCGACUCAAUUCAACGACGAAGAUGAAAACCAAUGA